UUUGCUUUGUUUCAAAAAAAUAGUAAGAUGUAUCAUUGAUACAUAUUAAUAUCAUAGAAGAGAAUGUAUCUCGCAAAGUCUAUUCCAACGGAACAUAAGGACAUAAUACAUGAUGUUUCAUUUGAUUUCUAUGGCAGGCGUAUGGCAACAUGUUCUUCUGAUCACACUGUGAAGAUUUGGGAUUUAUAUGAUAAUGGAGAAUGGGUUUGUAAAGCUGAUUGGAAGACUCAUUCAGGCUCUGUAUGGAAAGUAACAUGGGCACACCCAGAAUUUGGGCAGGUAAUAGCGACAUGCUCAUUUGAUCGUACUGCAGUUGUAUGGGAAGAACAAGUUGGUGAAGUGAGCACUUCGUCACAUGGAAGAGCAAAUCAGUGGAUUCAAAGAGCUUCCUUGGUUGACAGCAGUAAUUCUGUGACUGAUUUAAAAUUCUCACCUAAACAUCUUGGUCUUCUCUUGGCGAUGUGUUACAAAGACGGGGUAGUAAGAAUAUACGAAGCUCCUGAUGUAAUGAAUCUUAGCCACUGGUCUGUACAGCAUGUUAUCAAUUGCAAAUUAGCAAGCGCCAGCUGUAUUUCGUGGAAUCCGUCUAGAUCACAUGCACCCAUGUUGGCUGUUGGCAGUGAUGAUCCAAGGCCCACCGCUGGUGGGAAGGUUGAAAUACAUGAAUGUAGUUCGUCGGGAAGAAAGUGGACCAAGAUUGCAACCCUUAUGGGAAUCACCGAUCCUGUCCAUGACGUUGCGUUUGCACCAAACGUUGGAAGAUCUCGACACCUGCUUGCCAUUGCAUCCAAAGAUAUCCACAUUGUCGCCAUGAAACCUCUGAAAGAGAAGCCAAGUCAAUCUGCGUCUGGUUUUCCUGAAAAACCUGAUAUCACAGUUAUCGCUACUCUGCAGGAACACGAGGCACAGGUGUGGAGGGUGGAAUGGAAUUUAACUGGAACUAUUUUAUCUUCAACUGGUGAUGAUGGACGAGUGCGUUUAUGGAAAGCAAAUUAUCUCGAUAAUUGGAAGUGCAUAGCUGAGAUGAAAGGGGAUGACAGUCAGGCACAACAAAACGCCACCCCGCAAAGGAGCAUGUCGACUACUUCGACAACAGGACAAAACGUUAUAGAUAUUACGACGUUACAGAAAACACAUCCGUUAUUUUAAUGACUUUAACUUUGAUUUUAACAAUAACUGAAGAGAAUAACAGAAGAAGUCGAGGUGACAGUUUACAGCUUCAUUCUUCAGUUUCUCAUGGUGUAAAGGAACAAUAAAAUAUUUGUCUUCUUUAUCCAAAACGGUAAUUUAAAAAUUUGUACGGAAGAUUUGCAUAAGCAUGAAGUCAAGUGCUUUGUCACGUGAUGCUAGCAUACACUGUAAGUGUGCAUCACAACGUUUCAUCGCGGCUUGUAAAUAAAUAAUUUUUUGCUUUAGAAAGUAUAAAUAUAAGUCUGUUGUUUGA